AUGACAAAACUGUUCACAGAAGAAGAGGUCAUACAGUUAUGUCAGGCUAUACGAUCCCAUCCAUCGCUCUAUGACCCGGCUGACCCAAACUUUGGCAAAAGUUUGCCAAAUAAACUGGUUUGGGAGAACAUCGCCAAACAGUUCGACAAGAAAAGCUUUACAGGUAUGGAAACAAAGUUUCUUCCAUUAGCCUAAAAUCGUCGUUUCAAAGGCUUUCAUUUUGCAUUUUUUUAUUUAAAAAAUUAAUUGUUAAAUACACACUAAUGUUCAAAAAGUGUGUAGAAUAGUUUUUUUUUUAAUUUUCGUUCUACUUUUAUGCAAAGGUCUACAUCGCUUAAAGCUAACUAACUAAUACUGUAUCAAUUAUACCUGUAAAACCAUAUGUUAAUAUUUGCUAACUUCUGGUUACUUUUAGCGGACGAUGUAAAACUAAAAUGGAAAAACCUCAGAGAUACGAUGGCUUUACUACUGCGCAAAUCGAACCGCGACCCCAACACGUGGCGCUUCUACGAGCACUGUAGAUUCCUGAACAACUACGAGCGACCACAAAGGCGGAAUCGCAAGUCGCAGCCCUCGCAACCACAGACAAAGCCCGACGAUUCAGAUGCCAAACGUAUUAAACUCACGCCUGACCAGCCCCCGCCCCAGCCCGCCCCGCAGUUCCACAACAGCAACAUGAACCUGAUGAAGAUGAUCAACCCGGAUAACAGCAACGAGUCGCUGUUGUCGUCGCUGCAACACCGUCUCAGCAGCCAGAGUCUUCUCCUACCCACCACCACCACGGUCAUGAGCACCCUGCCCAUGCCCCAGCCUCAGCGACCGGUCGCUACGGUGAUGGCGGCCAAAGAAGAAGAGGUAUCGCCUCCCCUCAGGCAUCUCACGGACCAGUCCCCACCGUUGUGUGCUGAGGAUUCGUCGUCGAGGGAGCCCUUCUUCGACGACGCUUCGAGGGAUUCGAUACUACAACAUCUCGCUUCUCAGAACCCAUCUCUGUUAGCGACGCCUCUCAAUCACAAUCACCUGCCCAGGUUAUCUUCUUCCAACACCAAUACGAACAGCUUUGUAAAUUCAUCACAAGGUUCGACGUCUUCGCGGGAUCUGUACGAUGUGUUCGGUAAGCUUUAUGUCAUGUUAUAGACUGAGAAAAGCUUAAUAUUGAGUUACACUGAGUAGCUAGUCGGUUAAUCUUUUUCUAAAACUAAGAUCUAUUGUCUAGGCGAGGAAACGGCGAUGCGGCUACGGGCAAUCGACUCUAGCGGCGAUCGUGCACUGUUUCUGAAAGCGCGACGCAUCAUCAACAACGCGUUGGAGGAGGCCGAGAUGGAGAUGCACAACCGGAAUCGUCAACAUUAG